GGUAUAUGGAAUGACAGAGCCUAUAGCGGUUGAUAUUUACCGGCCGAUCUAAUUAGUCAUAAGAACCUAGCAUACAAUCUCAUCGGACCAACUGGUAAUCUUUAUACCGACGAGUGUUGUUGAAAGCUGUCAGUCGGCAUAUUGUGAAGGCCUUGACUGGACCACCUUGUCACGUUAUCCUUCCUUUCAAAUUAGUGUGGAGUAAUUGUGAGUGGAUUGAUAGUGAUGGAGAAACGUGAGGUGGUGUUGAAGACGUGGGAGUUGAGUCUGUAUGAGUUGCAGAGGAGGCCCCAGGAGGCAGUCACUGACGACACCGAGAUCAAGAUCAACCCCCGCAUACUCCACUCAGAACUCAUGUGUCCCAUCUGUCUGGAUGUCAUGUCCAACACCAUGACCACAAAGGAGUGUCUGCAUCGCUUCUGCUCGGAGUGUAUCAUAACAGCCCUGAGGAAUGGGAAUAAGGAGUGUCCAACUUGUAGGAACAAACUGGUGUCCAAGAGGUCUCUCAGAAGGGAUCCGAACUUCGACGCCCUCAUCUCCAAGAUAUGUCCCACUGAGAGCAGUGACACCUCCACUGCUGCUGCUGCUGGCAACAACCUUAAUGGAAGCUUCAUGAAUUCACCCGCCGACAGUCCAAUUCCACCGAACGGAACCACCGAUGAACACGAUGACAAUAUGGAUGAAAGCAAUACAGAACAGUCGGGAAGGCGAAAGCGAAUUUCGCGAGGUGCUACUGCAGACUCAAACGACUCGUCGGGAGAUGCGACACCCGGCAACCGGAAAGCCCCGAGGAGGGAAAACACAGAGCCAACAGGAGUCAAGGCCCCGAAAUCAGGCACUGGAAAUUCAGCUGUGAGUUCAAACAGUGCGGCCAAAAGCAACAUCGACAUAAUUCUCAGACUAAAGCCGAAAGAGGGCCCUUCAGUGAAGACUGAAGAUGUUCUGAAGCAGGAGGGAAGCUCGAAUACAGAGGGGGAAGAGGAUGAAUCGAACCAGAUGAGUGAUCAAACACAGAAUAGCGAAACAAACCAGUUCGACCCAGACCAGAUUCCGAUUUGCAAGUUCCUCAAGACAGUGAGAGACGCCACCAUUGAACACAUUGCAUUGUAUGUCAAACUGCGCAAAGAUGAGAUCCAAGAGUUUCUCCAACCUUCAAACGGCGAAACGGAUUUGGACACUAGUGAAAUAGUGUUCUUCGCACGAAAACGACAAAGCAAUCCUCCUGAAUUUAUGGAACUGCAAAAAGACUCCACGCUAUCUUUUGUCAUGUCAGAAUACAGUAUGCCUAAGAAUAGACCGCUAGAACUCUACUUUAGUGUAACUGAACUGUAGCUUCAACUGAUUAAAUGUCUUUUCUGUCUUAUAUUUACUUUAUAAAGAUGCCUUUGUAUCUAAUUUCUUUUGUGAUAAGCAAUGUUAUCAAAUCGGGUACUAUUCUGUUUCCCUGUAACCAACUAGUUUAAUAAAAAUGACUUCUGAA